AGGCUGCCCGCCCCCUUCGGUCGUGGCUCCCUCAGCCGGGCGUGAGGCGGCGGCGGCGGUGGUGGCGGCGGCUGUAGCGGCGGCGGCUCUCCCGGUCGCGAGCUGAGAGAGCAUGACUUCUGCAACUUCACCCAUCAUUUUAAAAUGGGAUCCCAAAAGUUUAGAAAUCAGGACUCUAACUGUGGAGAGAUUAUUGGAGCCACUAGUUACACAGGUGACGACCCUCGUAAACACCAGCAACAAAGGGCCUUCAGGAAAAAAGAAAGGCCGGUCCAAGAAAGCCCACGUCUUAGCAGCUUCCGUUGAGCAAGCCACUCAGAACUUCUUGGAGAAAGGAGAACAGAUUGCGAAAGAAAGCCAAGACUUGAAGGACGAAUUGGUGGCCGCCGUGGAGGAUGUGCGCAAGCAAGGUGAAACCAUGAGAAUCGCUUCCUCCGAAUUUGCUGACGAUCCUUGUUCCUCCGUCAAACGGGGCACGAUGGUCCGGGCUGCUCGAGCUCUGCUUUCUGCUGUCACUCGCUUGCUCAUCCUGGCGGACAUGGCAGAUGUCAUGAGGCUUUUAUCUCACCUGAAAAUUGUAGAGGAAGCGCUAGAAGCCGUGAAGAAUGCCACCAACGAACAAGACCUUGCAAACCGCUUCAAAGAAUUUGGAAAGGAGAUGGUGAAGCUUAACUACGUAGCUGCUAGAAGACAACAGGAGCUAAAGGAUCCCCACUGUAGAGAUGAAAUGGCUGCGGCUCGUGGUGCCUUGAAGAAAAACGCAACCAUGCUCUACACUGCUUCACAAGCUUUCCUCCGCCACCCGGACGUCGCAGCCACCAGAGCCAACAGGGAUUAUGUCUUCAAACAAGUCCAGGAAGCCAUUGCUGGAAUUUCCAACGCAGCUCAGGCCACCUCGCCCACCGACGAGAACAAGGGCCACACUGGGAUUGGGGAGCUUGCUGCAGCCCUGAAUGAGUUCGAUAACAAGAUCAUUUUAGAUCCCAUGACAUUCAGCGAAGCCCGAUUCCGGCCCUCCCUCGAAGAGAGACUGGAGAGCAUCAUCAGUGGGGCUGCCCUCAUGGCCGAUUCCUCUUGCACCCGCGACGACCGCCGGGAGAGAAUUGUGGCCGAAUGCAACGCGGUGAGACAGGCCCUGCAGGAUUUGCUGACCGAAUACAUGAAUAACACUGGAAGGAAGGAGAAAGGAGACCCUCUGAAUAUCGCAAUUGACAAGAUGACCAAGAAGACGAGAGACCUACGAAGACAGUUGCGGAAAGCCGUGAUGGACCACAUAUCGGACUCCUUCCUGGAGACCAACGUCCCGCUGCUGGUCCUCAUCGAAGCAGCCAAGAGCGGCAACGAGAAAGAAGUGAAAGAAUACGCACAAGUGUUCCGUGAACACGCCAACAAGUUGGUGGAGGUGGCCAAUUUGGCUUGUUCCAUUUCCAAUAAUGAAGAAGGGGUAAAAUUAGUCCGGAUGGCAGCAACGCAGAUUGAUAGCUUAUGCCCACAGGUGAUCAACGCAGCUCUCACCUUGGCUGCCAGGCCUCAGAGCAAAGUGGCCCAAGACAACAUGGACGUCUUCAAAGACCAGUGGGAGAAGCAGGUGCGAGUCCUGACCGAGGCGGUCGAUGACAUCACUUCCGUGGACGAUUUCCUCUCCGUCUCAGAAAAUCACAUUCUGGAAGACGUCAACAAAUGUGUGAUUGCGUUGCAAGAGGGCGACGUCGACACCCUGGAUAGGACCGCGGGGGCGAUCCGGGGACGCGCCGCCAGGGUUAUCCACAUCAUCAACGCCGAGAUGGAAAACUACGAAGCCGGGGUUUACACCGAGAAAGUGUUAGAAGCCACGAAGUUGCUUUCCGAAACAGUAAUGCCACGUUUUGCUGAACAAGUGGAAGUCGCCAUCGAGGCCCUGAGUGCAAAUGUCCCACAGCCGUUUGAAGAGAAUGAGUUCAUCGACGCCUCUCGCUUGGUUUAUGAUGGUGUUCGGGACAUCAGAAAAGCUGUAUUGAUGAUCAGGACUCCUGAAGAACUAGAGGAUGAUUCUGAUUUCGAGCAGGAAGAUUACGAUGUUCGGAGCCGGACAAGCGUUCAAACCGAAGACGAUCAGCUUAUUGCUGGCCAAAGUGCAAGGGCCAUCAUGGCUCAGCUUCCUCAGGAAGAGAAGGCGAAAAUAGCUGAGCAGGUAGAGAUAUUCCAUCAAGAAAAGAGCAAACUGGACGCCGAGGUGGCCAAAUGGGAUGACAGUGGGAAUGACAUCAUCGUCCUGGCCAAACAGAUGUGCAUGAUCAUGAUGGAAAUGACAGACUUCACCAGGGGUAAAGGGCCACUGAAGAAUACCUCCGAUGUCAUAAAUGCCGCCAAGAAAAUUGCAGAAGCCGGCUCCAGAAUGGACAAAUUGGCGCGGGCGGUGGCCGAUCAGUGUCCCGAUUCCGCCUGCAAGCAAGAUCUGCUCGCCUACCUUCAACGCAUCGCCCUUUACUGUCACCAGCUUAAUAUCUGCAGCAAGGUCAAAGCAGAAGUCCAAAACCUUGGCGGAGAACUGAUUGUUUCCGGGACUGGCGUUCAAAGCACUUUCACUACCUUUUAUGAGGUAGAGUGUGAUGUCAUAGAUGGGGGCAGGGCUAGUCAACUUUCUACCCACCUACCCACCUGUGCUGAAGGCGCUACGGUUGCAAACGGAAGUGGGGACUCCUCCAUGCUGGACAGUGCCACGUCCCUCAUCCAAGCUGCUAAGAACCUGAUGAACGCCGUGGUGCUUACCGUCAAAGCCUCCUACGUGGCUUCAACCAAAUAUCAGAAAGUCUACGGCACCGCCGCCGUCAACUCGCCGGUGGUCUCUUGGAAAAUGAAGGCUCCGGAAAAGAAACCGUUAGUCAAGAGGGAAAAGCCGGAGGAAUAUCAGACCAGGGUGCGAAGAGGUUCCCAAAAGAAACACAUUUCGCCCGUACAGGCGCUCAGCGAAUUCAAAGCGAUGGAUUCCUUCUAACGCUUCACCACGAGGGGUUUUUUUUUUUUCCUAUUGCCUUCCAUGUUUUUUGUAUGCGUACCUGCCAACUUGUAUGUGUCUGGCAUAGGGAGGGGGUGUUGGGGCAGAAUCAGGAUAAUAAAGCAGUGUCAAUUUUGCAUGCAACCGAGACUCGAUUAAGCCAUCAUGCAAUAUUCCUUCCCCCCACCCCCACAAAAAAAAAAGAAGACAUAAUGGCAUUUCUUAUGUUGACUAGCGGCCUUUCUCACCGGUCUCAUUCCUUAAGUAGCAAAAAAAAAAAAACCGAAACGAAACGAAAAAGGCUUUAUUGUACUUUAUUUAUUUUUUAAAGAAGGUUUUUUUUUUUUUAAUGGGGAAAAAAAUAGCAUUGUAAGACCGGGAUAGGGAAGGAGAGAUCAGGAUGGCAAGUGCGGGGCAGGGGGGGGGUCCUUGGUGCGCUCCGAGCUUAGUUGUUUUCUUGCAGACGUUUCAUCACCGAUCUAGGUAACAUCAUCCGUGCUAGGUGAAGUAGGGUUGACUCUCUAUUUAUAUGCAAGUUGUUUGCCCUGUCGAUGUUGGUCUUGGCGGGUCCCCUUGAUUGAGCUGUUAUUUAAGGUGAGCUUGUUUGUUUGAAUCAGGGCUGGGCUUCAGAUCCUUUAGCAACGGGUUCGCUGCCCCGUUGCUGGGUGGGCGUGGCCAUGGUAGGCGUGGUCUAGUUGGCCGCCUGCACCAUGGCAGGGGGGGCAUUUUUCGCCCUCCCCAGGCUCCAGAGGCUUUCCUCGAGCCUCCAGGAGGACAAAAACAGCUUUCCCCUGGAUCCAAAGGCCCUCCGGAGGCCGGAAACAGGCUCAUUUCCAGAACUUCCAGGUGGCCUGUUUUUCACCCUCCUGAGGCUCCAGAGGCUUUCCACGGGCCUCCAGGAGAGUGAAAACAGCUUCCGCCAGGGUCCGUAGGCCCUCCAGAGGCCAGAAACAGGACCGUUUCCAGAAUUCCGGAACCUCCAGUAGAUCCAUUUUUUGCCCUCCUAGAACCACCAUGCAGCCCUUGCACUUAACUGGAAUGAUGAAAGGGCUGCAUGGAGACUCCAAGGAGGGGAGGGGAGGGUGGGCGUGGCCAGCCAGGGGUGGCAUUUGGGGGUUCACCAAACCUCGGUGAUCCUUAGCUAGAGGAUCAGCCGAACCUUGCCGAACCCCCAGGAGCCCAUCCCUGGUUUGAAUUGGUAGGAAGCACCACCGAGGCCACACCUUCUGACUCUGAUAGGGCAAGACUUGUCCUAUCAGGGUCGGUGGGUGUGGCCUUGGUGGUGCUUACAUAUAAACAGAGAGCAAACCCUAGCACUUGGUGAUGUUACCUAGUUGGGUCACGAAAUGUCUACAGGAAGACGACUGAGCAUGGGGAGCACCCAAGGACCCCACAGCUCAACCCCGAGGAUCAAAUAUUCUCUUCUCUAGGGCAGGAAGAGUCCUUGUGCCCAUGCCCGGAAACGUGGAGGUUGGCAGGAACAUUUGCAGAUGGGAAAUCUUUAAAGUGCAGCGGGGGGAGGGGGUCCAUAACAGCUUGUGUUGCUUUUGUAAGCUAGCCAAUGUGCUUGAUUGUGUGGCCUGAAUAAUGAAACGAUUUAAUUUUGAGCCCUCUUCAUUACGGUAUGUGAAUUUUUUUAACCAAGACGGUGAUUUAAAAAAACAAAACGAAACAAAACACGGAAUGAAUGCUUCCUUUUAACUCACUUCCCCUCCCCUCUUUUUUUCUUUUCUUUCUAAUAGCGUUACGACAACAAAUCCUCCUCUAAUUUGAGCCAUUGCCUUCUCCAUUUCCCCCCCCCGCCCCUCUCUUUCAAUCAAACUUGUUUUUUUUCUUUUUUUCUUUUCAAACUUGAGUUUCUUCUGGUGAAGUAUGAAGCACAACAUGGUGGUUGACAUUGCCUUUUGUAUUAUUAUAAUUAUAACGAUUAAUAUUAUUAGACAUAGAGCCGGUGGUAGAAUGUGUAAAAUGACAUGAGAGCUGAGAACAUGUCGGAAUUUAGAAACAAAUAUGUAGGUGUAGCUUUGGAUUGACGGCAAGAUAAUCCAAUAGACCAUCAUAACCGCUAACUCAAUAAACUUAUUUAACCUUGGC